GUAAUCUUAUGUGGAAUUUUAGGCAUAAUGACGUGGAAAAGACCAAUGGUUUUUUUGGCUAACUUAUUUGUUCUGCUGUCUAUCAUCUGUGUUCUGCUGAGCCUGACUGGACUUAUACUGGGAUGUCAAGGCAUUCUGUUUGUGUCCAGUGUACCCAGAUGCGAUUGGGUGGACACGGGUGAAGACAAGAUUUGUCUCUGCUGUAAAGAAAUAAAUCUUACUAAAUGCACAGAAGAAGAGACACUGCUGAAGCUGUACCACCUGAAGUCAUGCAGUGCUGCUCACUUUCUUCUCAAGAAAGUACUCUUUGCUGUUUGUGCCUUGAAUGCCAUCACCACCAUAGUUUGCUUGGUAGCAGCUGCCCUGCCUUUCUUACGGUCUUUUGCAACAAGAAGAUCCUGCAGAGGGGUACCUCGGGUUGAAGACGAAGAUGAUGUCUUGGAUCUUGAUGAUUUUGUCCCACCUGUGCCACCUCCCUCCUAUUUUGAAACUCUUUAUUCUUCUGCUUUGGAGAUGAGUCACAGGAUGCUUGCCUCUGAUGUGAUUCCCUUACCCCAUAUUUACAGAGCGAGAAUCAAAGGCAUUAAAGUGUUCUGCCCUCUGGACCCACCUCCUCCUUACGAAGGUGUGCAGAGCCAGAACAGCUCUGAGCAGCAAGGUGCAGUACAAAUAAGUGUUGAGGAAGAUGUUGGUUUGGAGGAAAUGAGUGCUGGGCAGGCCUCUCAAGGUGAAGAAGUUCCUGAGCCUUCCAGCAGAGUGAGCCUUUCACCUUCGGAUGGAAGCCAGAUGCCUGCAGAAGGCGCAUGUGUGCCAGUCUUCAAUCCCUUGCAGAAACGGUCUGAAAGUGAACCUGUGCUGCACUGCCGGCUACUUCAAGGGGUGGUGCUCAGCUCUGAACCUGCGAUACAGACUGAAGUAAAAGCAUCCCUCUGUGGUGUGACCUUGCGGAAGAGUUUGACGAGAAGAGAUUUGAGAGAAAGAGCCCAGUCUUUGGUAGACUACAGGUCUUACAAAGACACCAAACAGCUUGUGGCAUGGAUUCUAGAGCAGUCUUCCUGCAGCAUGAACCCUGACAUACAUGAAGUGGUGGGAAGUAUCAAGUCUGUUUUAAAAUCAGAUGAGAAACGUAUGGCAGAAGCCAUCAGCAGUGCCACCUUCCUUGAGCAGGUGAUGGCACCUGCCCAGCAAGCCCGUGUGUUACCUUUCAGACAGUAUUCUGGAUUGCUGCACCUGGAGACCUGUGGUGACCUGAGUAUUUCCACCACAGAUGAAGAUUGGCUAGCUGAGAGGAGGAUCCAGAGAGAAUGUGAACGGCCUCACAGUCAUAUUGGCAUUGUCAGGGAAACUGCACUUUAG